CUAUGAGAAACAAUAGAAUGAUGGUGUAUGUUGCAUGUUCAUCAGAACGCUUUUGUUCCAUGGAGUUGAACAGGUAAUGUGUGUUGAUUAAUGUGGGCACUGAAUACAUUGUAGCGAGGGGUUUUGGUGAAAUCCCCAAAUAAUUAACUAGAUCCAUUGUCAACUUGACUAUAACAUGAUGAAAUACAAAGCACUUGAUAUAUUGAGAACCAAAUGUACAUUAUUAACACGAAACCUCUAUUACAUGGGCAGGGCGAAUAGAAAUUGAAUGACGGGUCAAGCCUAACUGUCGUCAUGGCACCACACGGCCACCAGAUGGUGUCAAAGAACCUGUGAUAUGAUGGAGGGGAAUAUACCCGUUUCAUCUGAAUCCACGAUCAUGGAAUGUUAACACCUAUUUAAAUAGCAAGUGUCUCCAGGCCAUGAAUUAGCAUUUUAUGGUUUCAUGCGAUAAUGCACGGAUUUGCGCCAAUGGUGCGUAACGUUAGGCUGAGAAAUGAUUAACGGGUGCCUGCAGUUAUUUCCUAAAUUUGGCCUCCACGUUGUUCCUGUUGGAGAUCGUGAAACUAUAUUAAAGCUUGACAACAUUCGCGGGAUUGAAAAUAUAAAAUAUAUUCUAUAAUAUUCCAAACCCGGAUCCAAAAGGCCAGCCUUGUUUCUCCCCGGAAUCCUCCAGAGAGGUUUGGCCGGAUGUAAACACGCUGGACCGGAAGUACUCUGCUAGAGUGCUCUAGAUCGGGUUGGGGGGCUCCAUGGCCGUCCGGUGAUGUCCCAGACGAUGCGGCACCGCUGGCUGCUGCUCGGGGCCUGCGGCUGGGUGCUUCUCAUCCUCAUGUUCGCCAGCAAGUUCAUCUCCUUCAGGACCGCCGACGACUAUGGGGAGAAGUCGAUUGCACAGAGUGGGACACUGCCAGUGCCCGUACUGGGAAACAAGGUGGUCGUGGCGACCCCUCUGCCUGGUCCAGAAGUGCCUGCUGUGAGUGCGACAACCAAUCUGCCUUCGCCGUUGCCCUCGGCGACCGACUGGCUGGACGUGUCGGAGAAACGUCUGGAGCUGCUGUCGGCGGUCUGCAAGAACACCAGCGCCAAGACGCGCGACCCCGUCAACAAGUUCGUCAUGGACCGCAUCUUCGUCUGCGACAAACACAAGAUCCUCUUCUGCCAGACCCCCAAAGUGGGCAACACCCAGUGGAAGAAGGUCCUCAUCGUGCUCAACGGCGACUAUCCCACGGUGGACGAGGUUCCGGAGGACAUCGUCCACCGGCACGAUAAGAACCACCUGAGGCGCCUCUCGUCCUUCACGCCGUCGGAGAUCAGUGAGAGGCUCCGCCUCUACUUCAAGUUCCUGAUCGUGCGGGACCCCUUCGAGCGGCUCAUCUCGGCCUUCAAGGACAAGUUCGUGGAGAACCCGCGCUUCGAGCCCUGGUACAAGACGGAGAUCGCGCCCGCCAUCAUCCGCCGCUACCGCCGCGACCGGCGCGUGGCCGCCGGCGCCACCGCGCCCGCCGCCGGCCUGCGCUUCCGCGAGUUCGUCCGCUACCUCGGCGACACGGACGGCCGCCGGCGCCACCUGGACUACGAGUUCGGCGAGGCGGUGAUCCACUGGGCCACGUACUCUGAGCUGUGCGCGCCCUGCCAGAUCGGCUACAGCGCCGUGGGCCACCACGAGACGCUGGAGCGCGACGUUCCCCACAUCCUGCGAGGGGCCGGGGUGGAGGCCCUGGUGGAGUACCCGGCCAUCCCGCCCGGGAUCACGCGCUACAACCGCACCAAGGUGGAGCAGUACUUUGCGGGCGUCAGCGGCGCCGAGGUGCGGAAGCUGUACGCGCGCUACCAGGGGGACUUCCUGCUGUUCGGGUACCCGCCGCCGAACUUCCUGUGGAGCUGAGGACGAACGCCAUCUUUGUCUCCCCAACCCCCCCCCUCCCCUCCUCGUCUCUCCUCCCUCCCCCCUUAUGUCAACGUAACCCGACUCUCUAACGUGACACUGGGACCCCUGUGACGCAGCGGUCACAUGACUAACACAGUGCCAUGAAGCAGGACGUCCGUUCGCCCCGGUACUCCCUGAGGCUUCCCCCGGGGGUCAUAGGUCAAAGGUCAAAGCAGGUGGCCAUGUUUGCUACACCCGUCGCCCUCCGUGUGUUCUCUGACUCCUCCACCUACUCCUUGAGACGCCCGGAGAGUCACGCCGCCGGUUCCUUAACGACGGAGAGCAGGACAACCAACCAAUGGCCUGGCUGUUUACAUCUCCACGGCAACAGGAGGAGGCGGGACUUUUAGCAUGUGCAGCUGAAUGUACAUUGUAGCCGACGUUUAAUUUAUUAAGUCUUUGCUAAAAAAAAAUAUAUAUAGGAAAUUGUCGCUCAGUCGACGCUACAUUUCAAAUGUAUUUAUUAUUACCUUUGUUGACAGGGUAGAGGAUCGGAGCAACGCCUGGUCUCUGAUUGGCUGAGCUGGGAGUAGGACUCUCAUGUUGUUUAUUUAUGCUUGGGGGGGGGGGGGGGGG